AUGUACCGCAUGAAAGUGUACCUUUUCGGAAACGACUCUGAGACGCCGCUUGUCAUCCGCCGAAUUCUGUAUAAUUUCGACAUGCUGCACAGAAGUGGAGACGCGUUGCGUGAGCUGAUCCGACAAAGAUUUUCUGCUGCUCUCUCCCGAUUCGUGUGUUUUCGCGUGUUUUGGAUAGAUGAUGAAGGAGAUGAAGUUAUAAUCGCAAAUGACGAUGAUAUGCGAGCAGCAAGAUGCAUCUGGGAUCCUUUGCUGCACACCGUAGUUUGGAAACCCUUGGUAUGUUGGUCGAACUACGCAUCAGCCUCUCGGAGUCUCUGUCUCAACUCCUGCACUAUCUCCCAUUCUGUCCUGCUUUGUCCGUCCGAAACUACGCCGCCCGCGAGGCCGUUCACCGUCGGCUGCGACCUAGUCUACCCCGACAUCGAGACAAUCACAAUGGAUAGUAAAUCUGAAGCAAAUCGUGGCGUUCCCAUGAAGGCCUAUUUUACCAAUGGCACAUCAUCGGAAGUUCGUCGAUUCACAGUUGAUGAGGAUGUUUCAACCAAUGUGGAAUAUUUGUUCGAGAAGCUCCGGUCCACCUUUCCUUCUCUGAGGUCCAAGCCGUUCCGUGUGAGCUGGAAAGAUUUUGAAGGUGACGAUGUUGUUAUUUCGAGCGAUGCAGAGCUCAUGGAAGCGCUGUUGGAGUACACUCGAACCAAGAACUUGUCCGACUCUGGCAUUCCACUGCCUUUUAAAUUGGAUGUCAGUCCUGCUGAAGGCACUAACGACGUGACUCCAGAUGCCGCUGCUGGCGUGUUCGUCAUGCCUGAAAAUAUCCUGGAUCCAAUUUUGACUGCUUGUGGACUGAAGAAACAAGAAGCUGAGGAGAAUGCUGAGGAAGAUGCGACUGAGUUCUGUCGCAAGAAAUACAAGUUCGGGAAGCAUCACCAUCAUCACGGUCAUCGCGGAAGGGGGCAUAAGCAUCCCAGAAGUCGCAGCCGCAGUCAUUCCAGAGUGUCGCAUCACGGCCUGGGUUCCAGACGAUUCCAUUGCCGUCGUGCGAACACUUCUGAUGCUCCUGCAGGCGAGGAUCAGGCCAAUCAAGCCGUUGACGCUGGUGAACAUUGGCGUCGCGCUUGGAGGAACAUCAUGAACCCUGUCGCUGGCCGCGGGACGUGUUGGCAGGAGUCUGUGCAAGAAAUGAUCCCCUCCAUGUUGUCAGCUGGAUUUAACUUGAACAAGAUCAUGGAAACCAUCGUUGCUAUCAGGUGUGGCCUUGCUGCGGCUGCCAACGGAGCUGGUGCUGCAAGUGGUGAAAGAGCGGGGAGACACGCACCUACUGAAGGUGAUUAUCCUCAGGAUGGAGCGCAUUCGCAACAGAGACCUGAAAGCGAGUCCCAGGCUCGUGCCGGUCAACAAGAGGACGCCCCGUUGUUGAACAACCUUUGCGAAUUGAUGAAGACGUUCAACCUGAACCCGAAUGAAAACGCGUCAAUGGAGGACGUUAUGGGAAUGCUGGGAGAUUUCCUUGGAGGCGGCGGAAGACGACACGGAGGAAGAGGACAUUGUCGCCGCGGAAAUUCAUCUGGUUUCAGGAGAACUCGCAGAUGCGAAAAGGGUGCCGGUGGUGAAUCGGAAAACCCUCAGCAAGACCCGAUGCCGAAUGCGAAGACGACCGAUGCUGCUCCUGCUGAAGGAAAUCCCGAAGCCCCAGAUUCAAAAACUAGUGGCGUCGUGGUUGAUGUCGAUAUUGACGACGGCGUUCCUGAAAAGUCUGGAAAUGGAGAAAGGUCAGCUGAACAAUCCCCGGGGGCAGUUGCUGCUGAGUGGACUAUGGUGGACAAAGAACCGACCCCGGAGAAACAGGAUGACACCGCAAAGGAAAACGGGGCUCGUCCGAAAGUCCGCUAUGUGGAGAUCGUCAAGGAAUCCGGUAACCUUUAUCCUGACGUGGCCGAGGAGAAGAAAGCUGUGGAAAAUUCGGUGACGACUCAUCCGGAUCCGAAAGUCAACAAAGCUUUGCAGACUAUGUUGGACAUGGGCUUCACGAAUGAAGGAGGAUGGCUUUCCAAUUUGCUCGAAGCGAAGAGCGGAGACAUCGCGGAUGUGCUGGACGUUCUGCGCCCAUACAGGAGGAUGAAGUGAAGAAUCGAAUUGGAUUUUCAUUCCUGCUCCUGUGAAGUCAAAGCUCGAACAGAAGGAUGAUAUUCUGUAAUUGUUAAUGCACACUUCAUGACUGCUGCAUGCAGUACUUUACGCACUUGAUGGAAGAAAACAUCUUCCGAGCUAUGAAAUGUGGUGUAAAAAGCUCUUGACACAUUUUCAGCUUUUAUGUGUGAUUACAUACCGGAGUUUCCGUGAUUUGAUUGAUAACAUUGGCUAGUGCUCCAUUUAAACUUCCAAUGCUGCAGGUAACAUCUCGCUUCGCUGAGGACCAUGAUACAUAUUGACAUCUCGGUGACAGAUUUCCUUUGUUUCGGGAAUUUUCGAUGUUUUUUUCGCUGAUUGUUUUAUUCAUAUGUAUCUGAAUAAUACAAAGAAUAUUGCAAAGCAAA